AUGUUAGAGACAUAUUUAUCCGGUUACGAUGUCAUUCUUGGUAGUUCAUCACCUAGAAGAUACGAAAUUGUUCACGAUAACUUAGGGCUACAAACAUUCAAGGUUAUAGUACCGGAAUUUGAAGAAAAUUUAGAUAAACAAAACUAUCUAAAUAGACCAAUUGACUACGUUCGUGAUACUAGUAGAUAUAAAGCUGAAGGUAUUUUAGAUGGAUUGAAAGAAGAAUGUAAAUUAAAGGAACAUAAUUCCAGUAAACCGAUAAUAGUAGUUUGUGCAGAUACUGUGAUAAUUGAUAAAGACAACAAGAUUUAUGAGAAACCUAAAUCAUCUGAAGAUCAAUUCAAUAAUCUUAAAAAGUAUUGCUAUUCAAAUGAAAUCUUUAGUGUUAUCACUGGUGUCACAUUAAUCUUAUUUGAUCCCUACAUCAGUCAACAUAAAAUGUUGGCAUUCGAUGAUAAAACUGACUUAUAUUUCGAUUCCAGUGUACCAACCGAACUAAUUGACUAUUAUGUCAAAUCUGGAGAAGGCAUGAACGCUGCAGGUGGAUUCAAAAUCCAAGACACCAGCGGUUCAUUCAUAAAAAAAAUCGAAGGUGAUUUCUAUAAUGUCAUCGGGUUGCCUCUUAACAAGACAGUGAUGAACAUUUUCAAACUAAUAAACUAA